CGUAAACAAGGCGAUUUUUCAGUCAAGGAUCAAAGAUCGAUGAUUUUAAGGGACUAAAACUUGAAAUAUUACGACAAAAUGAAAUUAACGGCAAAUAGCAUUGUACGGGAUUACUUCUGUACUAACACAAACCACAGGAGAGUAGAAUAUCGUAAAUUGCGGGAGAUUUAACAAUCUACAACAGAACUCAAAGCGGCAAAGGGUCAUCGGUGAAAAUAUCAUUCCUAUUUAGUUUUACCCUUGUUUAGAGAAAAGAGAGAAAUUCUUUUUGACUGAGGUUUAUUUUCCAGCAUGAGUUUGCCACUGGUGGUAUCGGCGAUGAAAAUGCACUCGAUGCAAAUUAAAAAUAUGCGCAAUCGAUGCAUGCAGGAAGGUAAGCUUUUUUUGGUUGGUUUUUUAUUCAUGUGUAUCACUUCCGCAUUAAAAUGAGGGCGACUGGAGUCCUAAGAUUACCAUCCCGCACGUUUCCCAUAGAUUUUUUUCAUCCUGUGUCCUGAUUUCGUGAAAUCCCCAAUCCUGCCAUUUUUCUUCCUUUUAUUAUUCUCGUCCAUGCCCCUCGGAUCAUGGACAAUGUGAUGUCUUAUCUAAUAUCCCUAAUUAAUUUUCGAGAUCAUGUCCUUGGUCGAACUCAUUUAGGUCUAAAAUAAUUCCUUGAUUAUUUUAGACCUUGGGUUCGACCAAGGACCUCGAAAGUGUUACCUUUACAUUGACAUAAGUAAAUGGUACGACUUUCGCGUCUUCUCGGAUAAGGACGUUAAAAUCGUAGAUACCUCAGAUACACUAUUAAUUGGGCAAUAGCCUGUUGGGAAAUCCACUCACGGAUGAUUGAGAAACUCAAUAAACUCAGUAAAUCAAUGUUGAUGAGAGUUGGAUGGCGAGAUUUUGCACGAGAGUUUCAUAAUUUAAUACAAAAUACAACGGAAAAAACUUUUGAUAGUGUACACGGGAAUUACAAUAUGACUUCAUUCCGCCUUUAUUCUUUAAUUAAACUUUCAUUUUUAGCCUAUCUUAAAAAACAUGGACUCAAUAAAAAUCUCCAGCCAAACCUAACGUCUACCAAGGCUCAUCUACACAGCCGUAAAAGCUCGAGAUCGCCACGAAAGAAAGUGAAGAAAAAAACAAGUCGUCUUAAAGUUACUGAAGAAAACAUUUCAAGGGCUAAGGAAUCGCACAAAGCGACCAUUUCGCGCAACAAAACCAAACAGAAUCAAAGCAACGAAAACCUGAUACCCCAUAGUCAUAGAACCGUCAAAAACCAAGACAAGAACAAUUCAAAUGAGUUAAAUUGUACAACUUCUGUGAUAAUUUGUUCUGUAAGGAAACUCAUCUCAUCUUAUUCGACCAAGAACAUUUCCACAUCGUCACAAACCUUAUGGAAAAAACCAAAAGUCAGCCAGAGACCAAAAACCAGUUGUGGAAAGAAAGCAGCCGUACAUUGCAAAUCGGAGAUUAAAAUUAAAAGGCAAAGUUGUCCCCCGCCAUUAUUUCAACCAUCUGAAUCAUUGCCACUGAUCAGUAGGAAUAUGAAAUUGAAGAAAGUGUAUUAUUCUGAGGCGCAGUCACAUAUGUUAGCUGGCGUACCGUGUGUACCGCCCGCUUCACCUCUUAACAGUAAGUCAAAAAGAUAUCGAAGUAUCCAACUGGUGUCUGAGGAGAAUCUUUUGUAUGUUACGUAACAUGCGCACAAAACUAAUGAACAUACGUUUCCACUUGGUUUCCAAUUAGCCAUUCCAAAGUUGAUGAGUGGACUGGGGACGAGUGUUAAAAAGUGCCCAAAUUAAGAAGUGAACUAAAUCACUAAAAAGACCACCUCAAAAUUAGUAAGUAUACAAAGUUUGAAGACGUUUACAUGUAUACCCUUCGAAUAAUAAGCUUUCGAAAAUUGUGUAAUUGCGCGUCCCAAAAACAAAAAUUACAAUACAUUUCAUAGUAAAUAUCGGAUUUUCGAAAGCUUAUUAUUCGAAGGAUAUUCAUGUAAACGUCUUCAAACUUUGUAUACUUACUAAUUUUGAGGUGGUCUUUUUAGUGAUUUGGUUCAUUUCUUAAUUUGGGCACUUUUUAACACUCGUCCCCAGUCCACUCAUCAACUUCGGAAUGGCUAAGGGACCGGACAUUUUUUAUGGUGGGGGGUGGGACCGAAGACAAAUGUUUUUCGUGGCAAAAAUUUUGCUGACCCAACCAUUAAAAAAUCAAAAAUUUGAUUACCCAACCUCAAGUAUCAUUUAAAAAAUAAAUACCCACCCCUGGCCAAAAACGUUACAGAAGGAUGUCAUUCAGUUGUCACACAUGUCCUUUACCACUUCUGUGAUACGUUUAAUAACGUUCGGCUUGUGAAUGUUUGAUAGUUUGAUAACGUCCGGCUUGUGAAAUUUACUGACUUUUCUGCAGUCUAAAGUUUCAUGUUGUCUGCACAUUCACUUUCUUUGGAGACACCAUUUGUCUCCCAACAAAUCGGAAAAUGAUGAAGAUAGUAGACUCUGAUUGAUUCACAUAUUGUAUUGACAUAUGACUGUUGACAUUGAAGUUUUCAGUCUUCAAUAUUUGAGUGAGUCAUGCUUUGGAAAUGACAAUAAAUUCUUAUUACCCAACCUUUGAGUUGUUUCGUUUUUCAUUUACCCAACCUUUUACUCACUCCAAAUUUUGUUUACCCAACCCUUUUCUCUUCGGUGCCACCCCCCGCCAUAAAUAAUGACCAGUCCCUAAUGCGGCAAACAAACUUAAAAAGUUUAGUGCUUUAUCUGUAAACUUAUGCUAAAAUGAAGAGAUUUAGAUGGUACGCCAAAGAAAAAACGAUGUCUGAAGUGCAGUAUACGUAUAAGUUUUGCUUAUAUUGCUGUAUAAAUAUGGCGUCAAUUUUACAACCGAUCAAAGCACUGCAUCAAAGUCAAAGAUAAUGACAGUAUUUAAAUUGACAAUAUUUAACUUAUUAUUUUGUGUUUCUCAACCGCCAGCUCCAUUUAAAAAGGUUGCUAACAGUGUAAGCUACAAAAUAAAGCUAAAAAAAACAAAGUAAUUUUGAGAGGAACCCCAAAAAAGAUUUUUUAGGUUUCGAACAUUUUUCAUCGCAAAUAUGCGACAUUGAAAAAAUUGCCUGUUAAUCAAUCUCCAAAUUAUUUUAAUUGUCAAUGCUCAUCUCUCUGUAAUAUGCAGAGAUUUGGAUUGUUAUGAUUUCAAUUUCCCCGUAGGACUAGUAGUAUGCGAGAGGAUGGAGUAUACGUCUAGUUUGACCAAACACCAUAUGUCUGGUCUCCGCUUCGGUUUCCUCCACGACAAACACAGGAUCAAUAAGAUCUUACUCAUGCUCUAGAGAGAAUGAUUUAGAACUGAUAAAGCUAUCCAUAAUAUUUGGUUUAAUUUAGUCUGAGCUAUUUCAAGUUAAUCACAAUACAAAAUAAUUGGUGUUUUAUAGAUGAUUGCGUUGCUGUGGAAACAGUUCCUUGCCUAGCUGACAUUAAGGUAAGUUUAAUACACCCUUUAAUUCCAUGCAGAAAGUCAGUCACUUUGGCUAUAUAUAGAGCCUCUAUGUGAAAACGAUGCUCUAUAGCGUACUUUCCGGGAGGGUAUAUCAAUUAGGGAGAACUAUAACUUCUAUCACAACUUCAAAAAGCAUUAAUAAUUCAUGAAGAAAACACAAAGAAAAAUCAUAAGCGUGUCGUAUCUUUAUAUGUGAUAGAGAUUUCCCUUGAUUACAUAAACUUUAACUUAAAUUUUGUCGACUUACACAACGUAUUUUUUGAAAAUUACUUCGCCAAUGAACUUACUAGAUCGAUCGUUUUUGAAGCAAUUUAAAACAUUCGCAGUGCGUGUUUUAUCAGACCUAGAGAUACUCAGCUUCGCCUCGUAUCUUAUACUUAUCAUACUUUAAUUGAAGUAGUAACAAACUGAAAGUAUUAUACUUCACCUACUUUACACCUUAGCUUUCUUCUAUAUUUCUUUUCAGAGUCAGCAAUUAAUCAAAUCGAAACUAAGAUGUCUCCGUAAGUAAAUGUAAUUUCAAAAAUUGUAUAAGUUGCAUGUUAAACAUUGAACCGAACAAGAACUACUUACCCAGUGAGAGCUCUCCACUAACUCAGUGAGAGCGAAAUGUGGUCUCAACAGCUUUGUGUAUAUUUUUCUUUAGUAACACAAAGACAAAGAGCGGAUGAAAAAAAUAGAGAAAAAAUUCUGAAGGAAGAAAAAAGGAAAGAAAGAGAACAACAGGAAGGUUUAAAACAACAGCGUCGAGCAGAGGUUAGAUUAUUUGUCUUGGGUUAAUCCAAAACCAAAACAUUCAUAUAGAAUUCAAAGCAAAACCCGAAUUUACUUAGAAGCAAUGGUAUAUAAAGCAGCAAUGAAUGUUUCUCAAUGUUCUUAAUAUUUCUUAAUGUUCUUAAUGUUCAUAAUUUGCCAUUUUCAAAUAUUAUUCGAAAACGCGUAAAAAUGACAGAAUAUUUGACCGUAAAACUCUAAUAUAUGAACAUUGAACAAAUAUAUUAUAUCACGUAUAUGAAUAUCGUGCCUGAGUAUUGCUUGUGUGAAAAACUGUUCUUCAAUCUUCUCAUAGUUGUAAGGCCAAAUCCCAAAUGUUCCUGCUACAUUUAAUUGAUUUGCAUUUUUUUGUAUUUAACCUUUUACAUUUUAGAUUAUUGUUUUUCUUCUACGUCUUUAUAGAUUUAUGCUCUGAAUGAAGUGAUGAAAGAACACGAAAGAAAUAAGUUUCUGCAGUUUAUGAAAGAGAAACACAACGGCGCUACAAAGAUAUCUCUAAACGUUUGAUUCUAAACAGAUUAGUAUAAACUUCUCAAAUGUUUUGCCAGUAGGCCUACAAGACCAAUGUACUUAGUCGUAUAUUACCAACCUAACACAAGUAACAAUACAUUAGAGUGCAGGUUGUACGUGAUUAAAAUGUUACUACAAUCUAAAACAAUAUACCCCUUCAACUAUGGAUUAAGACUGUGAAGGUUAUUUUUGUAUCACAUGGGGUAGUGGUAGUAUAUGCAAAAAAGGUACGAUAAGUAUAGUCAAUAUAUUUAUAACAUUAUACAAAUGUAAAUAUAAUUAAGAUAAAAGUAGUGCUAGUUGUUAUAUUUAACUUGUAAAAUAUAGUAAUAUGAAUGAUUGGGUCUGUCAAAAUUGCAAUAUUCACUCUUGUGUCUCCCUAACAAUUGUGAAGCAAUAUCAAAUAAUUUUCUAUUAAGUACAUUUUACUCGACUGUUACACUGAAAAUCGUUUAUACAGUACAUGUAUACGGUAAUGGUGCUGUGGAUCUGCCCUCUUUUAGGUUUACCUGCAUACACCCUCGCGCUGCUUUUAGUACUGUUUAUAAGUGUUCACCUAUUCGACAGCAUCAUCGCUCGACUUCGGCGCGUCAUCGUCGUUCGUCGUCUUCUGUCGUUUUUUUGCUCGGAUAUCAUUCAGCGUUUCUUCUAUAGAACGUACAUCUUUUUUAUUCUCGCUUGGUACUGAAAUAAAGAAAUAGCUGUUCACUAAACAGUACCGUCGAAAGUAAAUUGUUAUUGGGGGACUCAACUGAAG